UUUUUUUUUUUUUUUUUUUCUCGAUCCGUCUAUCGGUUACAAGCACCAUUGUUUUGCCGCCGACUACUCAAACGAUCUUUUAUCAAGGAUACUGUGAUCCGGAAGGCUGGCCUUAAGAAUACUACUAUCCAACAGCCAUGCUCAAGAUAACCGCCGCCAACCGCAGCAAUUUGAGUAGACUUGUGCCCGCGUGCCAAGGCUAUGGUCCCAGCAACGUGCGCACCUUCAGGACAUCAUCUAUAUCAUUCAAGGAUGUCAAGGCCACUCCAAAGGCCACUCCAAAGUCCAUAAAGAAACACUUUCCAGAACAUAUCGUGAAGACGACCCAUGCUACUCCCAGAUUUAAAGACCGUAAAGGGGCUGAACGCACUUUUGAAUCGAGGACAAGCGACUUUACAACAAGACAUGACCGAUCUAUUCCUACGCGACAUGUGUCCACGUCAGAAUAUGCCGGAGAGCGCAGGGCACAUUUACCAUCGGGACGGCGAGCAUCAAACAAGAAUCAUCCCGAGGAGUCGCCAUCACAACAAUUUAUGGCGCAGCGAGAACGUGCAAUAGCUUUUGCGCGGUACUUGACAGAAAAAAAGACCCGCGAAGCUAUGCGCGAGAAGGCGCAGAUAGACUCUAAGGAUAUCUCAAAGCCGAUCUACACCUACCAGUCGCCCAAGCUUAUUCCUGGAGAUGUCAGCGACCUCUUUGGACCAGAGUCGAUUCAGAACCGGGACGUGCUACCGGGAGACUUUGUCGAAGUUCGCAGACAGGGAAGGGCAACCUAUGGAAUAUAUGUUCGAGGGUUUGACCAGGCCGAAGGGCGAUUACAAUCCACUAGUGUCGUCUUGGGCGAUCAUAUAUUGGAACACAGGACAGCAGAUGUGGUCUUCCGCAUUCCUGGAUUCCUUUUUAUGGAUAAGUUUAAGACUGCGGUGGGACAUUGGGACGUGGAUGCGAACCCUGCCACACCACCAGCUGGUUCUGGAAAGAUUGCAGCAGCAUUUGCGGACGAGUCAACACUGAUCAUGGGCACUUUCUACACCAAGUUUAACACCGUCUACGACACUUUUUGGCACAAGAGAAACCAGACCUCGUUUACCGUAACCGAGGCAGCGAAAUAUGUUUUCGGCAAGGAAGGCGAGAAUGCAGUAUCAUUGACCUUGCAGGAACUGUACGCCACGCACUUGUACCUGACUCAGGAUGUCAAUCUACUGAAGUUUGUUCCCUCGGUGGCCGUUCGAUGGACAGGUGAAUUUGCCAUGCGUCCGCCAAAGGAGGUCCAAUUGACGGAGACCGUGAUCGGCUGGAUGCGCAAGGACGAUUCAAGACUUGGCCAAUUCCUAGAGAAAGCCAAGGUGUUGGUCGACAGUUUUCGACAAGGCGACAAGUCUGUGUGGAAGGAUACCAUGUUCACUGAAUCGGAUCGGACUCUAAUUGAGUUCGUGAGACAGACGGCUUUCAACGGAUACAGCGAGAUUUUCACCUCGCCUCACCUCGCUUAUCUCCCCAAGUUACUGCGACCUCUGGCAGCGUAUGAUGAUAUUGACGCAAGGACGGCAUUCAUGUUUUUAAACGAAAUCGGAAUUUGGCCGAGCUGGUACAACAUGGAGAUCAAUCGGUCGGCAGUCUCAUUGACAGCCAGUCUAGAAGAGGAGCAAGCUAUUCUGGACCGGAUAAAGAAGCUAAACCCAGAAUGUUUACAGCAGGACUUCGAGAACGACAUUGCACGCAUCAAGGAGGCUGCUACUACUACUGACGUCGAGACAAAGCAGAAAGAGAACACAAAGUCGUCGACACGGAUAGGAUCGAAGGCUAUAGUCCUGCAGGAUCCCACAGAGAUUUACAGGCGCGAUCCGUGCGAUUCGAUUCGCCACGAUUUCGGUGAUAGUCCCAUCUAUGCUAUCGACGACCCCACUGCCUCGGAGCUGGACGAUGCUUUUUCGAUGGAACCUGUCCCGAUAACAUCAUUGACGCCAAAGGCGUCGACCUGGAUCCACGUUCAUGUUGCAGACCCAACUUCCAUCCUCCCGCCAAUGCAUGAACUCUCUCGGUUGGCUGCAGAGCGCGUUCAGACCGCUUACCUACCCGAGAGGACCUGGCCCAUGUUACCCCGCGAUCUGACAGAGGAAACGAUGAGUUUGAAAAACGACGGCAAGCCCAAGAAAGUCAUGACGUUCUCAGCCAGGAUCAGUGAUGUUAACGGCGAAAUCCUCGAGUACAAAAUUCGUCCCGGCUACGUCAGGAAUGUCGUUACGCUCAACUACGACGAUGUGGACGAUUACCUGACGUGGAACCGCAUUCACGGUGGAAAGGAGGAAGGUUCUCGUGUUCGGAACUCUGUUAUGAGUAUGCCGGUGGAACGGUCUAUGGAUCGGCAGUACUACCGUGAGAGGACGGGCACUAUCAAUCCCGAGAACGGGGAGAUGAUUAAGGAGCUACAGGGGCUUCAAAUACUUUCUCAAAGGCACCAGGACUACCGAUUGAGCAAGGGAGCCUUCAACUUCAACCUCGGUCGGCCCAUGGUUGAGAUCACGCCUUAUCCUCUUCAACCGGUGCCAGAGGAGGGUUGGAAGAUGCCCACGGACUAUUCGCAGUGGCAGGAACCUCAUAUCAGCUGUCGCUUGGACCCGGCAUUCGCAUCCCCUGCAAGAAUGAUGGUUGCUGAGUACAUGAUCUUGGCAGGAAGAGUCGCUGCAAUUUUCUCGCAGGAGCACGGUCUGCCAACAAUGUAUAGGAACCAGCCGCCACCUGCCGAAAAGUACAGGACCAAGUUCGAUGCAGCCAUCCGCGAGAAGACCAACCCGCUGACGGGCAUGAUAGACAUUACAGACAUGCUGCCAUUGCGGCCCUAUAUUCCUGGUGCUGAGAUCUCGACAACGUCGCUCGGUCACUGGUCAAUGGGAGUUCACGACGGAUACUGCAAGGUGACAUCGCCCCUUAGGAGAUACUCGGAUAUGGUUUCACAUUGGCAAUUGAAAGGGGCCCUUUUGAAUCAGCACCGGUCGAUGGAUGCUAGCACCUCCCCUGUGUUCAAUUUGGACACCCUGACCUCAUUGACUGGUGUCAUUCGAGACCGUGAGCGCAUGCUGGGUAUGCUCGAGUCUCGCACGGUCAAGUUCUGGGUUUAUGAAAUGCUCCGCCGUCGAAUGGAGAACGGGCUGUCAAACAUCUUUGAUGGCAUAGUUCUGAAUCCGACUGGGGACGGGUAUAAUGUACUGUCAACAGCCUUGGGCUUCCAAACCGUUGUGAAGGCCGAGGAGGAGGAGGCUAAGAGCCUUGCGAUCGGAUCCAGGGUUAAGUUCGAGGUCAAUAACUGCGUUCCGCAGAGACCCUAUAUUGGUGCCAAACAUAUUGCGGCACUUUGAACAUAAAGCAUUAUCUACUUUUGAGAAUAAAGAUGAAUGCGUUUUGUAAUAUUUAUCCAU